CAGUUUGCCUCAAAACACGUGCUUUUGUUUGCAUUCACUGUCUGUGCGUUUGGUUUGCAAUGAAUUGCAUGUGAUUUUCAUAAUAACUCUCAAGAUGUCUAAUGUCCACAAAUCUAUUCAAUGGAAAUCUGUUGCCAUCGAAUCAAACGAUGGAUUCACUGACAAAGACUUCGAUGGAUUGGUUGCCUUCGAGGAGUUGAGUGAUUACUGCAUCCAAAAGAGUGACAUUAGUGUCAAAACUGAUCCCAAGACGAAGAAGAAGUGCAAAAGUAAAAAGUCAAACACCAAUCAAAAGAGUGAGAAUGAGAUACAAGUGUCUGAAGCGAUGGAUAAUUCAGAUUGCGAUGAGACUCGCGAAGUGUCGAUGCAUUUGUGGCAAAACCUGUGCAUUGCUUCACCCAUAUUGCGAUCAUUGAGUGAAUUAUCGUUUUCAAGACCAACUCCAAUACAAUCGAAAUCCAUUAGAGUUGCCAUCGAAGACAAGUUGGAUAUAUUGGGCGCCGCGCAGACUGGAAGUGGUAAGACAUUAGCGUUUGGCAUACCAUUAGUCACACACAUCAUGAAUGACAAGUCAGAGGAUGGCGUCUGUAAACUGCGGGCUCUGGUAUUGACGCCAACGCGUGAGUUAGCCAUUCAGGUGAAGAAGCACUUGGAGGCCAUCACUAAAUACUGUGGAGUGUCUGUGGGGGUAAUAGUGGGCGGAAUGUCUGUACAGAAACAGGAGAGGAUUCUGAAGAAAGUGAGACCCGAUAUAAUGGUCGCCACUCCGGGCAGACUUUGGGAACUCAUUGAACAACAGUCGAGCGAUCACUUGACCAGAGAAUCGGUGACUCGUAUUAAGUACUUAGUCAUCGAUGAAGCCGACAGAAUGGCAGAGAGGGGACACUUCAAAGACUUGGUGCAACUCAUGGAUCUGUUGCGAGUGAAGAGCACCGGGAGACAAACUUUUGUGUUCUCCGCAACUCUUACUCUCACUUAUUCUCUUCCAAAUCGAUUGAAAAUGAAGAACAAAAACAAAGCAAAUAAAUUGAAUGGAAAGCAAAAGUUAGCAAAAUUUGUUGAGUUCUUUGGAAUGAGAUCCGAUGCCAUGGAAGUGAUUGACUUGACUGAACAGGGCGUCGGUAUACCUGAGAGCAAACAGUUGACUGAAUGCAAAAUCAAUUGUAUGGCAGAAGAGAAAGACUUGUAUUUGUAUUACUUUUUAAGUCUAUUCAAAGGCCGAACUCUGGUCUUCUGCAACAGCAAAGACUGUUUGAGACGUGUUGUGAAUGUCUUAAAAAUACUAGACUUAAAACCACUUCCAUUGCACUCAUCGAUGCCUCAGAAGAGAAGAUUAGCUAAUUUGGAGAAAUUUGAAGCUAAUUCAGAGUCAUUGCUGAUCGCUAGCGAUGUGGCCGCUCGUGGGCUUGACAUCACUCAUGUUGAUCAUGUGGUUCACUAUCAGAUCCCGAGGACAGCCGAGAUAUAUGUGCACAGAAGUGGACGAACGGCUCGUGCCUUCAAUACGGGUCUGAGUUUAAUGCUUUGCGAGCCUAAAGAAGAGGCCAAUUAUUACAAAGAAUUGUCUAAAACGAUACACAAAGGAAACCGUUUACAAGACUUUCCAAUCGAUAAAUCGGUUCUGAAGGCACUGAAGCAACGGAUUGAUUUGGCGCAGAAGUGCGACCAAUUGGACCAUAAGAUCAGGAAAGAGAGAUCGCGCGAGGAUUGGUUCCGCGUGAACGCCAAGAAGUGUGAGAUUUUGAGCGAUACUGAGUCGGAAUCGGAUGACGCGGAAGAGAGUUCUAAAGAAGUCCGAAGAUUUAAAGCGAUGAAAAAACAGUUGCAAUUUCUCCUCAAACAACCCGUUUCGCAGACUAAAUCACUUUACGCUCACCUCUUGAAGAGUGGGUCAACAAAUUGGAUGCAUUCUAAAGGCACAAAACGAGCCAUAGAUGUGGUUAAAGACAACAAAUCAAAGAGAGUUAAAGUGAAAAAACUUAAAUCUCAAGAACAGUAAUCAUGAUAAUAAAUUUGUUUAUUUUAAU